GCGUCACCCAACCGGCAGCAGGAGUCGCACAAUCUUAGAUACUGCCCGUGCAGGCUCUGCCAUUGGCUGACAGCGAAGAGGCGGGCAGGAGAGUGGGGAAGUGAUCACGGAGAACAUUACCGGGCAGACCUCGGUCCAGACCAGCCACACGGGGCAUAUACCGGGCGGGUAACGAGCAGGGCUCGUGUGAGGUGUAUCAAGAGUGUAAAGUCUUAUUCUUCAAGAUGUCUAAAAUAGAGAAAAUGAGCAUCCUGGGUGUGAGGAGUUUUGGAGUAGAAGAUAAAAAUAAACAAGUUAUAACAUUCUUCUCUCCACUGACAGUUUUAGUAGGACCAAAUGGAGCAGGGAAAACUACCAUUAUUGAGUGCCUCAAGUAUAUUACGACGGGGGCUUUUCCACCUGGAUCAAAAGGGAAUACCUUUGUACAUGAUCCUAAGGUUGCUCAUGAAACAGAUGUAAGAGCCCAGAUUCGUUUACAGCUCCGGGAUGUGAAUGGAGAAGUUGUAGCAGUUCAGCGGUCUAUGGUGUGCACACAGAAAGGGAAAAAGACUGAAUUUAAAACACUCGAAGGAGUCAUUACAAGAAUGAAGCAUGGUGAAAAAGUUAGCCUGAGUACAAAGUGUGCAGAAAUGGACAAAGAGAUGAUAAGUGCCUUAGGAGUGUCCACCGCUGUACUCAACAACGUCAUAUUCUGCCACCAGGAGGAGUCUAACUGGCCUUUAAGUGAAGGGAGGCUGCUGAAGAUAAAGUUUGAUGAGAUCUUUUCUGCAACUAGAUAUAUUAAAGCCCUAGAAACUUUGAGGCAAGUGAGAAUGAAACAGGCCCAGCGUGUAAAAGAAUGUCAAGGAGAGCUUAAGUAUCUUAAACAGAACAAGGAGAAAGCCCAGGAAAUCCGAGACAACCUCCGCAGUAAAGAAACACAACUGUCAGCUUCCAGAGAAAAUGUCAAGUCUAUUGAUAAUCAACUUGAACCUCUUAAAAGUCGUCUGUCUGACGUUCAGAGAAACCUUUCUAAGGUUAUGAAGUUUGAUAUCGACAUCAAAUCUUUGGAAAGCAGGAAAAGAACUAUGGAAAAAGAUAAUCAAGACCUGGAAGAGAAAAUUGAGAAGGUCUUUCAAGGUAGUGAUGAAGAACUAAAUGAGAUGUAUCAAAAUCACCAGAGGACUGUAAGAGAAAAGGAAAGAAAACUGAAUGAUUACCAGCGUGAAAUUGAUAGGGCAAAUAAAGAGUAUCAAAGAUUCAACCGAGAGAAAGGAGAGCUGCUGGUGCAGCAAGGACGCCUGCAAAUGGAGGCUGACCAGCAUCAACAAUGUAUCACAACACGAGACUCUCGUAUAAAGGCUUUAGCAGCACAAUUGGAAUUAGAUGGAUUUGAACGUAUGCCAUUUAACAAUAGGCAGACAACAAGCUUCCAAAGACUGGUCAAAGAGAGACAAGAAAAGGAUGAAGCAGAUCUUAAACAAAUGAUGAGAGAAUUUUCAGAUAAGGAAGCAGUAAAGCAGAGACAAACUGAUGAAAUAAGAGACAAGAAGACAGGACUUGAACGCACAGUUGAGCUAAAAAUGAGCAUGCAAAGCAAAAAACAAGCAGACCUAAAGAGCAUUAAAUUGGAACUACAACAGCUUGAAGGCUCCUCUGACAGACUACAAGAACUUGAUGAAGAUCUCAUGAAGACGGAACGUGAGUUGGAGCGUGUAGAGAGAACUUGCAAUUUGGACGCACUAAAAACUGAAGUCUUGCAGCUACAGAAUCAGAGGUCUGAGUUGGAUAGAACAGUACGUAAACUGGAUCAGGAAAUGGAGCAAAUGAACAUUCAUACAAUGACACGUACACAGAUGGACAUGUUAAAGAAGGAUAAGGCUGAAAAAGAUGAACACAUUCGAAAAAUAAAGUCUAGACACAGUGAUGAGUUAACUUCAUUGCUUGGACAUUUUCCAAACAAAAAGCAACUUGAAGAUUGGUUGUAUGCAAAACAUAAGGAAAUCAAUCAGACCCGGGACAAAGUGGCCAAGCUAACCAAGGAGCUGGUUUCAGCUGAACAGAAUAAAAACCAUAUGAGCAAUGAAUUGCAUAAGAAAACUGAACAGUGUGGAUCAUAUGAAGAAAAAGUCUUUGAAGUUUGUGGUAGCCAGGACUUUGGCAGUGAUUUGACACGUCUACAGGACGAUAUAGAAAAAUCAUCUAAACAGCGAGCAAUGUUGGCAGGAGCAACUGCAGUAUACACCCAGUUCAUCACUCAGCUGACAGAGGACAACCAACCCUGCUGUCCAGUUUGCCAAAGAAUCUUUCCCUCAGAAGCUGAGCUGCAGGAUGUUAUUAAUGACAUGCAGUCUAAGCUUAGACUGGUUCCGGAUAAGCUGAAGACUACUGAAACAGAAUUAAAGAGAAAAGAGAAGAGAAGAGAUGAUAUGUUGGAGCUGAAACCAAUGAGGCAAAUGCUUAAUGAACUUAAGGAAAAAGACAUCCCAGAACUAAGGAACAAACUUGCAGCAAUAAAUAGGGAAAUACAACGUCUGAAAAAUGAUUUGGAAGAGCAGGAAACUCUCAUAGCAACAUUUAUGUCUGAGGAGGAGAGUGCCAAGGCCUGUUUGCAGGACAUUUCCCUCAUGGAACGAUAUCAGAUGGAGUUAAGAGAUGUAGAAAGAAAGAUAGCCCAGCAUGCCACUAAACUUCAAGGAGUAGACCUCAGCCGCACCGUUCAACAGGUGAACCAGGAGAAGCAAGAAAUACAACAUGACUUGGAUAAUGUUUCAGGUAAAAUUGAGCUGUUACGUAAACGAAUUCAAGACCAACAAGACCAAGUCCAACAACUGAAGAGUUCAGCUAAUGAACUAAGGACAGAGAAACUUAAUAUUUCUAGUAGGCUCCAACGUCGACAACAACUGGAGGAACAGAAUGUUGAACUUACCACUGAGCUGCAGUGUUUGUCAAGAGAGAUUAAGGAAGCCCGAGAGCAAGUUUUCCCAUUGGAAGCUACUCUUGAAAAACUACAACAAGAGAAACGGGAAAUUCUAGAGCGAAAAGACUCCAGCAACAGAGCAGCACAAGAAAAGAUCAACGACAUUAAGGAAAAAGUGAAAAAAAUUACCUUAUUUAUGAAAGAUAUUGAUAAAUAUAUAAAUGAUGGACGAGAGGAAUACAAAGAGCAAAAGGAUGCUGAACUUCAGGAGUUAAUUACUCGGCUGAAUGAUUGUGAGAAGCAGAAGGAAAAAAUUAAUAAAGAGAUGAUCACUGUUAGACAGGAUAUAGACACACAAAAAAUACAAGAACGAUGUCUACAAGACAACCUAACUCUCAGAAAAAGAAUAGAAGAACUUAAUAAGGUUGAAGAGGAAAGAAACAGACUAUUAAAAGAGAUGGGACAGAUGAAUGCUACGCAACUUAGAAAUGAACAUCAAGAAUUGGAAAACAAAAUUGAAACAUUAAAAACAAGCCAUAGCUUGGCGCUUGGUCGACAAAAGGGGUAUGAGGAUGAAAUAAUGCGUUUUAAGAAGGAACUUCGUGAACCGCAGUACAAAGAUGCUGAAGAAAAGCACAGAGAGAUGAUGAUUGUUAUGAGGACUACAGAGCUGGCUAACAAAGACCUGGAUAUUUAUUACAAGACUUUGGACCAAGCUAUAAUGAAGUUUCACAGCAUGAAAAUGGAAGAAAUUAAUAAAAUUAUUCGUGACCUUUGGCGUAGUACCUACAGAGGGCAAGACAUAGAGUACAUUGAGAUCAGAUCAGAUGCUGAUGAAACGGUGUCAGCUGCAGAUAAAAGAAGAACUUAUAACUAUAGAGUAGUAAUGAUAAAGGGAGAUACCGCGCUGGACAUGAGAGGACGCUGUAGUGCAGGCCAAAAGGUACUAGCAUCUCUCAUAAUUCGUUUGGCACUGGCAGAGACAUUUUGCCUGAACUGCGGAAUACUUGCACUAGAUGAGCCUACUACUAAUUUGGAUCGUGAAAACAUAGAGUCUCUUGCCCACGCUUUGGUUGAGAUCAUUAAAAGUCGUUCCAGACAACGAAAUUUCCAGCUUCUUGUGAUCACACAUGAUGAAGAUUUUGUAGAGCUGCUUGGGCGCUCUGAUUACGUUGAACAUUUCUAUAGGAUAAAAAAGAAUAUGGACCAAUGUUCUGAGAUCAUUAAAUGCAGUGUGAACACCUUGGGAAAUUAUGUUUAUUAAAUAUUGCACUUUUUGCACAUGUAAUAACACAUUAAACGUUGUCUUGUUUGAGGUUGUAUUUCAAAUGAGUAUUAU